AAUGGGCUUAUCCACAGUAAAUUAUAUAAAGAUAAAAGCUCUAAUUAAUGUUAUCACCCCAGAUAUGUGUAAAAAUCCUAAAAUUUUGCAAUCUAUCUGCGGAAUAUGUAGUUUACCAUUACUAAAACAAAAUAGACAGACUCAAUCCACUAAUACAGCUGUAAUCAGUCGUAAUGUUAGAGGAGAGAUUGUUGAAGAAAUAUAUAAUUUUAUAACCUUUGGUCAUGAAAUUGGUCAUACUUUUGGUGCUAUUCAUGAUAAUUCAGUGAAUUGUAAAAGUAACAUGUAUAUUAUGUCCCAAACUGCUGUGGAUGGUAAAAUACCCUCUCAUUCUAAAUUCUCAGAGUGUAGUGAAAAGAGUAUAAGCGAUUUAGUUAAUUACGUUCUCAAUUUAAAAGAUAAUCAGAGUAAUAAAUAUCGAGAAUAUUGUUUUAAAUCUUCAAACUUUUCGUUUUGUGGGAAUAAAAUAAUUGAUGAAGGAGAAGAAUGCGAUUGUGGAGAUUAUGCUGAAUGUCAAGAGUCUGGUGAUAUUAAUUGUUGCUUUCCUAAAACUAGACAUAGAAAUCGGGCGAUAUUUAACCAUCAACAUGACCACUUUGCUUGCAAAAAGAAAUCUGGAGCAUUUUGCAGUGGUUCGGAAGGCCCUUGCUGUAAUAUACGUAAUUGUACGUUAAAAACAAAUUUAGACAUAUGUGCAGAUGAAACUGACUGCCUGUUUUCCUCUUAUUGCAACGAAACUAGUCCUAAGUGCCCAAAGCGCAAGCCUAAGCCAGACUAUAAGACACUUUGUGGUGAAGAUAAGAAGAGAGUUUGCAAGAAUGGUGCAUGUAUAGAAUCCAUUUGCUUUUAUUUUGAUUCUGUUCCUUGUAGCUUAGACGAGGAAUUAGAAAAUGUACGAAGCGUGCAGCGAAAGUGCGUAAUAUCCUGUUUGAGAGGGAAGAAUAAAUGUCGAAUACUUUACAACUGGCAAAUGAGCAAUGUUACUUACAGAUCGAAAGCAAAUGACUUUUCCCCACAAUUUCUUCCUGUGGGUGCUGCAUGUGAUAAUAGAAAAGGGUUUUGCGACAGUUUACAUAGGUGUAGAAAAGUUUUUGUUGAUGGUCCACUACAACAAAUAAGCUCUUAUAUAUUUGGUUCUGGCCUACAUAGUUUAAAAGCUUUUAUGAAGCAGAGAUGGUACAUUUUAUUCAUCAUAGGCCUUUUACCGACUGUCUUUUUCAGUGCGACCUUGGUAUUUUGCGAUAAUCGAAUAGGUUUAUUAGAUGACUUAGCUUUAAAUAUCGCCUUUACAAAUUCUAGUUUAUCCAUUAGCAGUAGUUUAAGAACUUUUGUAGAACGUUUAAAAAAUGCUGAAUUAAAAAGUCUAUCACAGAGAGAUAUUUCAAUAGAAGAAAUCAUGUUUUCUGCUCCCGAAUUAGCCGAAAUGGCAUCAAAGAAAUACGAUAUUAAAAGGGCAGCUCUAAUAACAGAUUACCUAGAAAAAGUUAUAAGUAAAAGAGUUCAUAGAAGUAUAUCAAAUCACAAAUCUUGUCUAGCCAUCUUGAAAAUACUGAUUAUCGCUGAAACUACCGGGGAAAAAAUAGAAAGAAUGGCUAAAGCCGAUGAAGAUGCUAUUAAGAUGUUCGUCGGUCAAAUACCGCGAGCGUAUUCAGAGGAGGAAGUAAGAAAACUAUUUGAACCUUUUGGGCCGAUCUUUCAAUUAAGCGUGCUACGGGACAAGCAGACGAACGUCAGCAAAGGCUGCUGCUUCGUUACAUUUUUCAGUAGAAAAUCUGCUCUGGACGCACAAAAUGCUUUGCACAAUGUGAAGACGCUACCGGGUAUGGUUCACCCAAUACAGAUGAAGCCCGCCGAUUCCGAAAAAAGGAACGCAGAAGAGAGGAAAUUAUUUGUGGGAAUGCUUUCCAAAAAGAUGAAUGAAGCUGAUGUUAGAGAUAUGUUCAAACUCUAUGGUACUAUCGAAGAAUGCACAGUCCUGCGUGAGGGGGCUGGUGUUAGUAAGGGCUGUGCAUUCGUACUAUUUACAACGAAAACAUCAGCCUAUUCGGCUAUGAGAGCGUUGCACAAUAGUCAAACAAUGGAAGGUUGUAGAGCACCUUUGGUUGUCAAACUUGCCGAUACACAGAAAGAGAAGGAAGCGAAGAAGGCUGCAGCACAGGCCGCCGCUGCCGCGAACGUCUACCCUCAGCAACCUCAUAGUAACCCAAUGAAUAAUGCACCCAGCAUGAUGGGACAAAUGCAGAAUGUAAAUCCACAAUAUAUACAACAAAUUCAACAAUUAUUAAAUGUACUUCAGCAACCUCAACAAAUCGGACCGCAACAAACUCAACAGAUCAACAAUCUUCAGCAAAUCAUCCAAGCUGCUGCUUCUUUAGCUAAUAAUCCGGCGAUAAUGACCGCUCUGUCACAGUUGGGAGUAAUGGGUAACACGAAUGAAGUAAUAGGAGGGGGAGUCGAUAUGUCAACGCUAUUAAAUGGGGCUAAUCAGCAGCAGAGUAAUCCUGCUACGCAGCAACAACAACAAAAUCUUUUGGGUAUGAUCUCUCAGAUGUUAACUGGAGCUGGAGGACAGGUAAAUCCUACUGGAAAUGAUGCUUUAAGUCAAGCGUAUUCGGGUAUGCAACAAUAUGCUGCUGCUCAACAACAGUACACGCAGCAACAGCCCCCCCAACAAAAUGGAGGCUACAGACAAUCAGAGGGACCAGAGGGCGCAAAUUUGUUCAUUUACCAUCUACCAGUUGAAUUUACGGAUUCUGAUCUCUUGCAGACAUUUUCACCAUUUGGUAAUGUUGUAUCAGCGAAAGUCUUUAUCGACAAACAGACGAACUUAAGUAAAUGUUUUGGCUUUGUUAGCUAUGAUAAUCCUAUGUCGGCUCAAGCAGCAAUUCAUUCAAUGAAUGGUUUUCAAAUUGGUCAGAAACGACUUAAAGUGCAACUAAAGAGGCCAAAGAACGAUGGAAAACCCUAUUAA